AUGGAGGGUACUUUGCAGUAUGAACCACAAACCCUGGCCUGGAACCUGACCACUCUGGUCUCCACCAGAGAACACUGCUGUGUGACCGCUGUUGGGCAAAGAGCAUUUGGUGGCAGAGGCAUUAACUUCAGUGACUCCUCGGUAGGCCUUCCCCAGUUCAUCCAGACUGGCUUCUUUCACAAGCAGGGCUACCUGCACUUGUCGCCACCCUCCCUCGCGGCCCUUCUUUCCCAGCCGCGCCCUCCACUUCCUUCAGGUUGUGAAGUAGCUGUGGCUCGCUUGCCCUCUCGUGCCCUGUCACAAUAG